GGGACCUGCCUGCCGUUCGUGGGGCGGGUCGUGGGGCGGGGGUCCCGGUGGAGUCCCGGGAAGCUGAGUGCGACCGGCGGCCGCCGAAGCAUGAAGAAGGGGUAAAGGCACGAGCCGCCACGAUUUCACGGUAAACUAAUACAGAGGCUGAUCUCAAGAUGCCACUGGUGAAAAGAAACAUUGAUCCUAGGCACUUGUGCCACACAGCACUGCCUAGAGGCAUUAAGAAUGAACUGGAAUGUGUAACCAAUAUUUCCUUGGCAAAUAUAAUUAGACAACUAAGUAGUUUAAGUAAGUAUGCUGAAGAUAUAUUUGGAGAACUGUUCAAUGAAGCACAUAGUUUUUCCUUCAGAGUUAACUCAUUGCAAGAACGUGUGGACCGUUUAUCUGUUAGUGUUACACAGCUUGAUCCUAAAGAAGAAGAAUUGUCUUUACAAGAUAUAACAAUGAGAAAAGCUUUCCGAAGUUCUACAAUUCAAGACCAACAGCUCUUCGACCGGAAAACCCUGCCUAUUCCAUUACAGGAGACAUAUGAUGUUUGUGAACAGCCUCCACCUCUCAAUAUUCUCACUCCUUAUAGAGAUGAUGGUAAAGAAGGCUUGAAGUUUUAUACCAAUCCUUCAUAUUUCUUUGAUUUAUGGAAAGAAAAAAUGCUGCAAGAUACAGAGGAUAAGCGAAAGGAAAAGAGAAAGCAGAAGCAGAAAAAUCUAGAUCGUCCUCAUGAACCAGAAAAAGUGCCAAGAGCACCUCAUGACAGGCGGAGAGAAUGGCAGAAGCUGGCCCAGGGUCCAGAGCUGGCUGAAGAUGAUGCUAAUCUCUUACAUAAGCAUAUUGAAGUUGCUAAUGGCCCAGCCUCUCAUUUUGAAACAAGACCUCAAACAUAUGUGGAUCAUAUGGAUGGAUCUUACUCGCUUUCUGCCUUGCCAUUUAGUCAGAUGAGUGAGCUUCUGACUAGAGCUGAAGAAAGGGUCUUAGUCAGACCACACGAACCACCUCCCCCUCCACCAAUGCAUGGAGCAGGAGAUACAAAACCCAUACCCACCUGUAUCAGUUCUGCUACAGGUUUGAUAGAAAAUCGUCCUCAGUCGCCAGCAACAGGCAGAACACCUGUGUUCGUGAGCCCCACCCCCCCACCUCCUCCACCUCCUCUUCCCUCAGCCUUAUCAACUUCUUCAUUGAGAGCAUCAAUGACUUCGACUCCUCCCCCUCCAGUCCCUCCCCCUCCCCCACCUCCAACCACUGCUUUGCAAGCUCCAGCAGUGCCACCACCUCCAGCUCCUCUCCAGAUUGCCCCUGGAGUUCUUCACCCGGCUCCUCCUCCAAUUGCACCUCCUCUAGUACAGCCCUCUCCUCCAGUAGCUAGAGCUGCCCCAGUGUGUGAGACUGUACCAGUUCAUCCACUCCCACAAGGUGAAGUCCAGGGGCUGCCUCCACCCCCACCCCCACCUCCUCUGCCUCCACCUGGCAUUCGACCAUCAUCACCUGUCACAGUUGCAGCUCUGGCUCAUCCUCCCUCUGGGCUACAUCCAACUCCAUCUGCUGCCCCAGGUCCCCAUGCUCCAUUAAUGCCUCCAUCUCCUCCAUCACAAGUUGUUCCUGCUUCUGAGCCAAAGCGUCAUCCAUCAAGCCUGCCUGUAAUCAGUGAUGCCAGGAGUGUGCUACUGGAAGCAAUACGGAAAGGUAUUCAGCUGCGCAAAGUAGAAGAACAGCGUGAGCAGGAAGCUAAGCAUGAACGCAUUGAGAAUGACGUUGCCACCAUCCUCUCCCGCCGUAUCGCUGUGGAAUACAGUGAUUCAGAGGAUGACUCAGAAUUUGAUGAAGUAGAUUGGUUGGAGUAAGAAAAAUAUAUUGAUAAAUAUACAAAACCGAAUGCAGAUGUCCUUUGUGGUGCUUGUUCUUUGAAAAUGUUUGGUCAUUCUAGUGUUUUGCUUUCUUUUCCUUAUAAUAAAUAAUGCUUUUCCCCCGUUAUUUUUUAUUUUUAAGAAAAAUAUUAGCAUACAUUUCUAACUAAAUGUUUUACAGUGGCUUAUUUUAUUUUUGUUUUCCUGAGAAAACAUAAUUUGGUCAAAUAAACCACUAAGUAUUAAGCAUGUACAGCUGUUGUUAGAGUAGCAGAUUCAGUUUUUUGAUAUAUCUUAAUUGUGCACUUUGUGAAUUUUAAUUUAAAGAAAGCAAUUGAGAUUGGAACCUUGAGGGCAGCUGUGUCUAUAAAUGAGCCUUACUCCAUUGCCUGAUGUUUUAGAAGAAGAAACACUUCCUUGGUUAUAGGGAUAUACUCAGAAAGUACGUUUAGCUUGUAGUGUUGAAUUCUUAAAGGAAUGCUUGAAUUGUUUUUAAUUAUCGUUUCUUUGUUUUUAAAUACUUGCCUUAUUUGAAUGUUUAGCAGUACCCUUUCCCACUUACAUAUGCUGUGGUAUGAUUUUGCUUGCAUAUAGGAGUUAAAUUUUUUUUUCAUGUGAAAUACUAUGACUUAAACAUGUGUAACUUACAUAACUGUUAAGAAUAACAGACUGAUUUAAUAAAUGGUUCAUUUUAAAGGUUC